CUCAACUGCAAGAGCAGUCGCUUCGGAUUUAAGCGCAAGAUCUUCAGCCCAGUGCCACCUCCUCCUCCUCCCUGGCAUACUCUAGCGCACUGCCCCUGCUGGAGCACUAUGUCCAACAGAAGCCAGGAGACCAGGGUGCUAAAAUCCACAUUAGCUUCACGCCUGGGGUAUGUGGAACAUCAUGACACCACUUAGGAGGAAAGGGUUCCGCUUAAGAGCCGGGGGGUUCCCCUAGAGAGCCGGCGGGUUCCGCAGCUGGGCACAGACGAUGGCUGGAGACGAGGGUUGAGGAGACUUGUGACUUUGGAAAGAAAGCUGGGGGGGUUUUGGUCUGGGCACCACUUUCCUAUGAGACCUACCAGCAUGGAGGCGCUUGAGAACUCAACGACCACCAACAGCACCCCGUUCCCUUCGUCGGGGGUCAGGGGUGUGUGGCCCUAUUCUAUGACUUCUGUGUGGUGCCUGGCAGCGAUCGUGGGCUUUCUCAUUAUCUUCACCAUUGUGGGCAACGUGUUUGUGGUGAUCGCAGUGUUGACCAGUAGAGCAUUAAAAGCCCCACAGAACCUGUUCCUGGUGUCUUUGGCCAGUGCGGACAUCCUGGUCGCUGCCUUGGUCAUGCCCUUCUCUUUGGCCAACGAACUCAUGGGAUAUUGGUAUUUUGGCAAUGUCUGGUGUGAUAUCUACCUAGCCUUGGAUGUUCUCUUCUGCACCUCCUCAAUAGUCCAUCUAUGUGCCAUCAGCCUGGACAGGUACUGGUCGGUCACCCAGGCUGUGGAGUACAACCUAAAAAGGACCCCACGCCGGAUUAAGGGUAUUAUCGUUACUGUCUGGCUCAUAUCGGCUGUGAUCUCCUUCCCACCCUUAAUAUCUAUGGACAGGGACACUGAGGACGAUGUGUACCCCCAGUGCAAACUCAACGACGAUACCUGGUACAUCCUUUCCUCUUGCAUUGGCUCCUUCUUUGCCCCUUGCAUCAUCAUGAUCUUGGUUUACAUUCGCAUCUACCAAGUGGCCAAGCUCAGGACCAGGACUUUGUCGGAGAAGAAGCCCACCAGGGACGGUUCUUCUCACACAGAGAAUGGGUUCAGUAAAGGGACAACAGUUAAGAUGCCAGGGGACAAGGAGAACGGGCACUGCCCACCGCGUCCCUCCCCUCCAAAAGCCACUGAUGUAGAGGACCUGGAGCUAGAGGAGAGCAGCAUGUCGGAGAGUAAGCGCAGGAAAAGCAGCAGCAAGGAGGACAAUACGGACUCCAGCAAGGAGAGAAAGUGCAGCAAGGGCAACUCCUUCUCCAAGCAGUCCAGUCGCCUGUCCAGAACCAGCAACAAAUCCAUGGAGCUCUUCUCCUCUAGGAAGAAGAAAAAGAGGAGCAGUGUGUCCAGGAGGAAACUCUCCCAAGCCAGGGAGAAGAGGUUCACCUUUGUGUUGGCUGUGGUCAUGGGGGUGUUUGUGGUGUGCUGGUUCCCUUUCUUUUUCUCCUACAGCCUCUAUGGUAUCUGCAGGGAAGCCUGCGAGGUCCCAGAAACUUUAUUUAAGUUUUUCUUUUGGAUUGGCUACUGCAACAGCUCCCUGAACCCCGUCAUCUACACCAUCUUCAACCAGGACUUUAGGAGAUCCUUCAAGAAAAUCAUUUGCAUCGGCAGGAGGAAGACAUUUACGCACUGAAAUGUGCAGGGUGUUUGGUCUUGGGGUGUAAGGCAGACCCCCAAAAGGUGGGACAGACUGGGCCAGACCGAGCUGCUUGCCAAAGGAUACCCAGGGGUGCCGAUGUACCAGCUGAGGUCGGGAAAAGGAGGGUCGGGGGGGUUCCAAAGAGUGGCAGAUUUAAUAUCCAGACACUUCGGGUCCCUUACACUCCCUUGCGUGUACGGAUGGAGCUACAGACUAGACACGCAGUUCCAAUAAGCGGAGAAUCCAUAGGAGCGCAGGAAGGUGCGCAGCGCUAUGCACAAAACAAUUGCGCGCCUUCCCCGCACUGGCGCCGCUCACAGAAGGUUAACAAGGUUUUUGGGGUGCUACGUUGUGGUUGUUCCCUUUGUUCAGCAUCGAUCCUUUCCUACUCAGAGAGCUUUUACAGUCUGGAAAAAGAACCAGUUUAAUAAUAAAUGGUGUUCUGUUUUCUUAAUA